AUGGACUCUGGAUCUAUUCAAGUCCACCCCAACGGAGAUAUUGCCAUAAUCACCGACACCGGAACACAAUUAUUAUGUGUUGGAUCUCAUGAGCAUGCGGCACUCAAAAAUGUUCUGGUAGGUUUUGCUGAAAAUUAGAUAAUAAUUAAAAAAAAUUAAAUUAUCGAAACCAAACUACUGAUCCUGAAAAAUAAUAUUAUUUAAACAUUAUCAGGAACUGGCAAACAAAGGACAACAGGGUGGUGGUGAAAAAAGGAAAAAUCCUGACGAACCAGAUGCGGAGACUGGAGAAAAGAAAAAGAAAACUACAUACAAGUUUGUAACAGGUAUAUUUCGUUAAUAGAGACAUUUGUUGAAUUUUUCUACUUUCAGAUUCGGAAUUGGCGGAACUAGAUAACUACAUGUAUGAAGCUAAUAUGGAUGUGGUGCGCAAGAACCCAGGUCGUUUGGCCAUUCCCAACAUCAAAAUGAAAUUUCGCAAUCUAUCUGUUAAAGGAGUAACCCCGAUGGAAAUUAUGGAAAAAUGUUUUGAUAUAAUAAUACGUAAAGGGAUUUCAAUCGCUGAUGGGAAUCUGGAGACUACAAAAAUUGUGGUUGGGUAAGUUUAGGAAGCUCCUAUUUUUCAAAAAUCUUUAUCAACAAAGAAAAACUUCAGAUUAUCACAUCCGCAACUCAUGGAGAAAUCAUUUUGGAUGUGUAAUAGAACUUAUCAAAUGAUUAAUGGGUUUACUUUACAUAACGAGAUUGCCCGAAUUAUGCAAAGUAAUAAAGAACUUGUUAUAGAUGAACAUUUUGAGAUGGAUAUGCAUAUAUUGAAAAAUCAAAACAAUCAUGUUGGUGGUUGUAGAUCAAAAUGUAAAAAAGUCAAUAACUCUGUGAGUUGAUAAUUAAUUGAUACGUUUUCUGUACUUUUGUAUGAUUUAAUAAAAUUUAUUCCCCCAACACAUAUCAUAGUGUCUAUUUUUUCUUUUGAUUUCAGAAUGAUAAACUUUUCCCAAUAAAUUACAGCUGUAUGCAGACCAACGAUGUGGUGCGAAAGCUUUUGUUCUUGGCGAAGGUCAGUGCCUGCUGAAAGCUGUUGCUAUUGCAAUGGCUAAUCAUAACUACCAGAACGGUGGAAUUGCAGAUAAAAAAUAUUGGAGAUCGAUUACCCGCUAUGUGAGCUUUACACUGGUGAAAUUUUUCUCAUGAGCAUAAUUUCAGCCAAUAAUACAAAAAGAUGCUGCUCGUGUUAUUGAGGAAACAUCAGGUCUAGAACACAAACAAGAGCACUCUAUAGAAGAUUUGAAACAGAUUGCCGAAUGUUAUCCUGAUUGGAAUUUUUUACUAUUUGAGAGAAAUUCAUUCAGCUCAACAGCAACAAAAAUUGAAGAGAUGAACCCCGGAAAAACGAAAUAUGUUACUCUAUUGUACUUCGAUAACCACUAUGACUUUGUUAAAAAAUCAAAAAGUGUAAUCAAUUCUCGGUAUGUUGAUGCAAGUUUCAAAAUGUAUUUCUUGAGAAUGAGUUUUCAGAUUUUGUAAACGUUGCGGUUCUCUACAUGAAGAUUUAAACCAUUACCGUAAAUGUAAAGCUUUAUGUCAUAGAUGUGGUCAUAGUUCAUGUUUUAAUGAGAUUGAAGUCAAACCGAAAUUACAAUGCAACAAAUGUGGGAGACAUUUUCCCAAUAAAAAAUGCUUUGAAGACCAUAAAAAAUAUAAAAAAAAUUCCAAAAUCAACAUGUGUGAAAGAUUUAAAUGGUAACCGUAGGAAUGAUAGAAAAUCCUAUUUUAAAUGAUUAUUACUUUACAGCUGUCCUGAUUGUAAUAAAAUAAUCGAACUGGUCUACUAUGUCGACACACCCCAUAUUUGUGGAAACUCAAAGUUUUGUCGAAAAUGUCGUAAUUUUGUCAGCAAUGAGCACAAUUGUUGUUUUAACCCACCUCAAAAAAAGAGCGAGAAAAUUCUUUGAAAAAACAAGAAAAGUUUCUAAAAGUUGUUUAUGAUGUAGAAACAAUAACGAUAGAGGAAAAGAAGGUAAUUGACACAAUUUAUUAAUUUGAAGAUUACAAUUUGAAUAAAUUUUCAAAAAUUCAGGAAAAUUUGUUCCACUGCCUGCACACAUUGUCAACACAAUAUGUUGGGAGACAUGGUGCCACGAUUGUGUGGAGGGUGAAAAAUGCAAAUCAUGCCCUGGAAGUGGAUCAAUAAACCAUUAUGAUGUCUCUGGAAGAGAAACUGUGAUCAGUAAAUUCACCGACAUGUUGUUGCACAAUGAAAAAUUCAAUAAAGCAAUAGUUUUAGCUCAUAAUGGCGGGUGGUGAGUAUUUUCAUUGUAAUAACAAACAAACAAAACACAAAAAGGAGAAAUGUUCAGCUAUGAUCACUAUUUUGUCAUCGGUGAGAUGAUCUUCCAACAUGGACGAUUCCCUCAGCUCACCCGAAAAGGAAGAAAAAUUAUUGUUGCCCAUCUUCCUGGAGAAAAUCCAAAAUUUGGUGGUGAAAGGUGUAAUCAAUUGACAUUCAAGGAUUCGCUGAACUUUCUACCAAUGGCUCUAUCAAAACUUCCAGCAGCUUUUGGAAUUAAAGAAAUGGCCAAAGGAUUUUACCCACACUUUUUUAAUACACCAGAAAACUAUGGAAAAGUUUUGAAUGAGCUACCACCUUUGGAAUAUUACAAUGUUCUCAGUAUGCAAAACCCUGAGGGACUUAUCAAGUUUCAUGAAAAAAAUAGAAUGCAAAAAUUUGACUGCGAUGGUGAACGAUUGAAAUAUUGCCAGUCCGAUGUUCAAAUAACAAUGGCUGCCUUAAAAAAAUUUUGCGAGGUUUGUGAGCAGAUUUUUGGGAAAGGGUUCACAAAUUUAAAGAGUGAAGGAGGAAAUAUUUCAGAUUUGUAAAAAAGAACUUGGCGGUUGGGACCCAAUUGUUUCCGCAGCUACAAUUCCGAGUUUUGUCAUGCAUCUGAUGAAAUUCGAACAUAUCAAAUCAGGGAAAUUGGAUACAUUCCUGAAAAUGGAUUUCCAAAACGAACACAAUCAAAAUUGGCAAUCAAAUACUUGUUCUGGUUAUCAAAGAUGACUGGUCAAAAGAUUCAACAUUUGAGAUGUGGUGGAGAAAAACGGAUUAUAGUAGAAAGUAAAACGUUUUACGUUGAUGGUUAUGACGAAAAGAAUAAUGAAAUCAUAGAGAUUUAUGGUUGUUGUGUUCAUGGCUGCCUGAAAUGUAACCAACCAGAUGCACGCAACCCUUUAGACACCAUAAAGACUAAUGGCGAGAUACUUGAAGAAACCAUAAAACGUCAAGCAAUUCUUGAAAAAGCUGGAUAUGUUGUGAAAGUUGUCUGGGAGCAUGAAAUCAGAGAACAAAUGGCGUCAAAUAGAAACAUGAAACAGUUUUUUGCCCAGGUGAGUUUGUUAAAAUAUUUUGCAGUAACACCAUUUUUAGUGUCGGCACACAAGCUGUCUUCGUCCAAGAGAUGCCAUGUAUGGCGGACGCACUCAACCUUUCAAAUAUAUUUUAAUUGCGGACAAAUGUGAAAAUAUAAGAUAUCUGGACUUUUGUUCCCUCUACCCAUUUGUUAACAUGACAGCCGCAUACCCAACAGGGCAACCCGAAAUAAUCACAGAGAAUUUUGAUUAUGCAUCUGGAUCUCUACAGUACCGAGGUUAAUAAAAUUAGUUAGUGUCUAAAAAAUUUAAAAAAAAAACAUUUAGGGUUAGUAUACUGUGAUGUGAACCCAUCGAAAAAUCUUGAACUACCAAUUCUACCUUAUCGAGCAGGAGGAAAGUUGUUAUUUCCCUUGUGUAGAUCUUGCGCGGAAAAUAUGGAUGCUUCAAGUGAGUGUACACACAGGAAUGUACAACAGAGAUAUCUAACUGGAACUUGGUACUCUGAAGAACUAAAAUUAGCUCUAGAAAAUGGAUAUGAGCUUCUUCGUAUUCAUGAAGUAUGGCAUUGGGAUGAUUCGAAAUGGCAGACAGGUGGAUUUUUUGCGCGAUACUUGAAGCCAUUACUGAAGAUGAAACACGAAGCCUCAGGGUGGCCCAGUGGUGUAGUGACUGAAGAGGAGAGACUCAAACACAUUCAGGAUAUUGAAAAUACAGAUGGUGUGAAGCUGACUUAUGAAAAGAUUGAGAAAAACCCGGCAUUGAGAUCUAUGGCUAAAUUAUUUUUGAAUUCCGCAUGGGGUAAGUUUGAUUUUUAUUUUAUAAAAAAGGGGAUUUUAUUAAAAAGGUAGAUAGAGAUACUUUUAGGAAAAUAUUGCGAAAAUCCGGCACAAGAAGAAACCAAAAUUUUCAAAACACUUGAUCAUAUAGCUCAAGCAAAUUUCAUAAAUCACUCAGAGUAUGAGAUGACUAGUUUGGAUGAUAUUCAACACGACAUAACCAUGAUCUCCAGAAUGAAACUUGAUGAUUACUUGGAUACAAAAAAAUAUGCCAAUGUUGUUUUUGGUUGGUGAUGAGUUCCAUUUUGGGGCUGAUUAUAUUAAAUUUUCAGGUGUUAUCACAACCGCAGUAGCCAGACUAAUUUUGUAUGGCGCCAUGAAAAUGGUAGGACAUGAACGCCUCGGCUAUUGUGGUAAGUUUAUCAAAAAUUUAAAAAAAAAAACCGAAAACUUUUUGUGUUUUCAGACACUGAUUCAAUUGUAUUCAUAGAAAAAGAUGGUGAAAACUUGUGUGGAGAUCUAGUAGGAACAGGAUUGGGGAAACUUGAAUCAGAAGUUCCAGAAGGUCUGAAAAUAGCAAAGUUCGUAGCAGUUGCACCAAAAUGUUAUUGUUAUGAAUUGACCAAAAUGGAUGGCACACAUGUGAAAUUUGUGAUCAAGGCGAAAGGAGUGACCCUCGAUGCGGCAAACUCAAACAUUGUCACAUUUGGAGAGAUGGAGAGAAUGGUUAGUUAACGUGUUGAUGAAACCAGUUGAAUUUUCAUGUUUUCAGGCCAAAGAGUUGAUAGCAGAACAACAUAUUGAACCGAUUCACGCAAAGGUGCGAGGGAUGAAAAAGAAAAUGCUAGUCUCAAUCACAAACUACGAAACUCGGAAAAUUGUUCAACCUGUUGUAGACAAAUUACGACUUUGUAAAGAUGGUACAACACUGCCACAUGGCUACAACAACAACGAAAUAAUCAGGGAUUAUUUGUUCGAAUAA